GGUUACCUAUGUAUCAGAAUUGAUUACUUCCCGUUUUAUGAGUCCUGCAUGGCCCGUACGGUUCUGGUGCUUCUUCAGUAUAUAAUUUAAGCAUAUGGUUUGAAAAAACUACAUGCCAGUGUCAUACUAGUAAUCAUUUCAUAUAUUCACUUAUUCUCUUAGCCUUCGUUUUUGCUCGGAACAUUGUGUGGGUGAUGGUGGUGAUGGGCGUGUGGGGCUGCGGUGUGGGCGCCUUCAUGAGUAUUUUCAACUUAGUUAGUGUUCACUACAUGGGCCUUGAAAACUUAAUGCCAAUGUACGGGGUCAUUAUGUUUUGUACUGCUGUAGGAUACAUCACAUUUGGCCCUUUCGCAGGAUAUGUCGGCGACGUCACCGAGAGCUACGAAAUUUCUAUAUUUGUGUUAGCCUCCUUGAUCUUCUGCAGCUUCCUCCUCUGGUUAUUCAUGCCUGCCGCUGCCAAUUUUGAUACCAGGAGGAGUAUUGUGAAUAACAUGGCCUAGUCCCCAUGAAAACUAAGUUAUAGCAGACUUCGUUGAUAAGUAGCUAAUGUACGUGAAAUAUAGAUUUGAGAUAAUAAGAGAUACUGGUUCCAUAUAAUAUUAAUAAGUAACAUCCCUCGUAGCCAUAUCUACUAAUUUCUUCUAAUAUGAGGGAUUCACCAUAAUAGCAAGAAGGCGAAGUAAACAAAUUUAUGGGAACAACAUCAAGGAAACUGGAAGCCAUAUCAAGAGCACUGGAAGUCACAUAAAGAAAACUGAAAGUCACCGAAAGGGUUCCUGAAGCCACAUCAAGCACACUGAAAGCCACAUAAAGGGGACGGGAAGCCACAUCAAAAGCACUGGAAGCCACGUAAAGGGGACGGAAGACUAUCAAGUUCACUGGAAGCCUCAUAGAGAACAACGGAAAUUACUUUCACAGUUGCUUCUCACGUCUCUUAUCUGCUUCUCACGUCCCCACGUUGCUUCUCAAGUCUCUUCGUUGCUUCUCACGUCUCGUUGCUUCUAACAUCUCUCGUUGCUUCUCACGUCUCCUCAUUGCUUCUCAUGGCUCCUCGUUGCUUCCCACAUUUCCUCGUUGCUUUUCAUGACCCUUAUUUACUUGUAACGUCUCCUCGUUGCUUCUCACGUAUCCUCGUUGCUUCUCACGUCCCCUCGUUACUUUUCAAGUAAAAAAUA